CCACACUGCAAGCGGCAGCCGCCUGAGCUAUAUUUAGAUCCCAGAAGCCACCAAGCUCCCUCCGCACUCCCCGCCCUUGUGCACGCUCUUCCCUCUGCCUGGUCCCGGCUCUGUGAGGUGUGAGGUCUCCCCGUUAGCCCUCGCUUUCUUUCUGCCUUCUGGGAACCGUGUCCACCACCUCUCCAUUUUGAUCAAUUAUUUCCUUGCCAUUGUCUGUUGGCCUGUCAGCCUACCCCCACCCGACCGAGAACGCCUUGACGGUAGUGAAAUGGUCUUGCCAAUGAACUCCAGGGCAGGCUCCGCCACGAUGUCAGCGCCAGGAAAUGUUGCUCUAAUGGUACCAAGUGACAGGUUGGCUUUACUGUGACUCGGGGACGCCAGAGCUCCUGAGAAGAUGUCAGCAAUACAGGCCGCCUGGCCAUCCGGUACAGAAUGUAUUGCCAAGUACAACUUCCACGGCACUGCCGAGCAGGACCUGCCCUUCUGCAAAGGAGACGUGCUCACCAUUGUGGCCGUCACCAAGGACCCCAACUGGUACAAAGCCAAAAACAAGGUGGGCCGUGAGGGCAUCAUCCCAGCCAACUACGUCCAGAAGCGGGAGGGCGUGAAGGCGGGUACCAAACUCAGCCUCAUGCCUUGGUUCCACGGCAAGAUCACACGGGAGCAGGCUGAGCGGCUUCUGUACCCGCCGGAGACAGGCCUGUUCCUGGUGCGGGAGAGCACCAACUACCCUGGAGACUACACGCUGUGCGUGAGCUGCGACGGCAAGGUGGAGCACUACCGCAUCAUGUACCAUGCCAGCAAGCUCAGCAUCGACGAGGAGGUGUACUUUGAGAACCUCAUGCAGCUGGUGGAGCACUACACCUCAGACGCAGAUGGGCUCUGUACGCGCCUCAUUAAACCAAAGGUCAUGGAGGGCACGGUGGCGGCCCAGGAUGAGUUCUACCGCAGCGGCUGGGCCCUGAACAUGAAGGAGCUGAAGCUGCUGCAGACCAUCGGCAAGGGGGAGUUUGGAGACGUGAUGCUGGGCGAUUACCGAGGGAACAAAGUCGCUGUCAAGUGCAUUAAGAACGACGCCACUGCCCAGGCCUUCCUGGCUGAAGCCUCAGUCAUGACGCAACUGCGGCAUAGCAACCUGGUGCAGCUCCUGGGCGUGAUCGUGGAGGAGAAGGGCGGGCUCUACAUCGUCACUGAGUACAUGGCCAAGGGGAGCCUCGUGGACUACUUGCGGUCUCGGGGUCGGUCAGUGCUGGGCGGAGACUGUCUCCUCAAGUUCUCGCUAGAUGUCUGUGAGGCCAUGGAGUACCUGGAGGGCAACAACUUCGUGCAUCGAGACCUGGCUGCCCGCAAUGUGCUGGUGUCUGAGGACAACGUGGCCAAGGUCAGCGACUUUGGUCUCACCAAGGAGGCGUCCAGCACCCAGGACACGGGCAAGCUGCCAGUCAAGUGGACAGCCCCUGAGGCCCUGAGAGAGAAGAAAUUCUCCACUAAGUCUGACGUGUGGAGUUUCGGAAUCCUUCUCUGGGAAAUCUACUCCUUUGGGCGAGUGCCUUAUCCAAGAAUUCCCCUGAAGGACGUCGUCCCUCGGGUGGAGAAGGGCUACAAGAUGGAUGCCCCCGACGGCUGCCCGCCCGCAGUCUAUGAGGUCAUGAAGAACUGCUGGCACCUGGACGCCGCCAUGCGGCCCUCCUUCCUACAGCUCCGAGAGCAGCUUGAGCACAUCAAAACCCACGAGCUGCACCUGUGACGGCUGGCCUCCGCCCGGGUCAUGGGCCUGUGGGGACUGAACCUGGAAGAUCAUGGACCUGGUGCCCCUGCUCACUGGGCCUGAGCCUGAACUGAGCCCCAGCGGGCUGGCGGGCCUUUUUCCUGCGUCCCAGCCUGCACCCCUCUGGCCCCAUCUCUCUUGGACCCACCUGUGGGGCCUGGGGAGCCCACUGAGGGGCCAGGGAGGAAGGAGGCCACGGAGCGGGAGGCGGCGCCCCACCACGUCGGGCUUCCCUGGCCUCCUGCCGCUCGCCUUCUUAGAGUUUUAUUCCUUUCCUUUUUUGAGAUUUUUUUUCCGUGUGUUUAUUUUUUAUUAUUUUUCAAGAUAAGGAGAAAGAAAGUACCCAGCAAAUGGGCAUUUUACAAGAAGUACGAAUCUUAUUUUUCCUGUCCUGCCCGUGAGGGUGGGGGGGACCGGGCCCCUCUCUAGGGACCCCUCGCCCCAGCCUCAUUCCCCAUUCCGUGUCCCAUGUCCCGUGUCUCCUCGGUCGCCCCGUGUUUGCGCUUGACCAUGUUGCACUGUUUGCAUGCGCCCGAGGCAGACGUCUGUCAGGGGCUUGGAUUUCGUGUGCCGCUGCCACCCGCCCACCCGCCUUGUGAGAUGGAAUCGUAAUAAACCACGCCAUGAGGACACCGCC